AGUAAAAGACAAUAGCUUUUCAUUCUUCGAUAUGGCAUGUAAAUUGUGCUCAGUUGAUAGUGUGCACAAAAUAUUCGUAUAAAUAUAAAAAUAUUGAUUAGCUUUCAAUUUUGAGUCAUGAUUAACCUAUGGAUAGUGAAAUUCAUCUGCCUAAUUUGCUCAAUAACUGUGUCUCAGACAGAUUUAGUCGAAGGUUACCGGAAACAGUCAACAGUAUUUUUGGGAGGAACCAUCAUUUGCUCUCCUAACAACAUGAUGUACAUGUAAAUGUUUUCCUAAAGCUAACCUUUUUUAUGAUUUGUUGUUCCCUCUCGUCAAAACAACAUCUUCAAGUUUAUGUCAUCAAUAUUUCAUUAUUAUUUCCCUUAUUAUUUUCAUCAUCAGCACAAGUAUCAACAUCAACAAAAACAUCAAUAAGAUCAUCAACAUCAUCAUCAUCAUGGCAAUAGUAAAAGCGACAGUAAUAAUGAGAUGAUAUAAACAAUCUUCUAUAUUUUCUAUUUCUUCAUUAUUUUUUUUUCUUUGACCAUUUAGUCAUGUUUUAAUUAACAAUUCAAAAGCUUGUUUUUAUUUUUCUCUUGAUUUUGUGAUACCCCGGGUGAAACCGGUCCAUAGUUUCUACUAAAACUUAAAGGGUGUGUUUUCUGGUAUCCAUCUACAAUCAUUCCCUAAAAUUUACGAAUUCUUAAUAUUUUGGCUACAUUGUUAGUGUGUAUCAUCUCUGCUGUCUAUAAUUAUCAAAAGCUUUACAACCACUGUUGAUGUAAAGGCUAUUUGUUUGCUGUUUUGAUUAUCUUCUCCAGUAUAAUAUCAAUACAACUUCUACUUGAAUCAACCUUACUCACAUGACCUCUGUUUAGCUGUUCAUAUAAUCUUAAUAGAUCAAGCUUCAGCCUAUCUAGAAAUCUUGGAAGACCGAAUAUGACGGAAGAUCAAGUAUCGUUAAGCGAGGAUGAAGGCCUGAAUCCAAAUGAGAAUGUGACUUACCAAGGAACGCUGAACAAGUGGACUAACUAUAUUCAUGGAUGGCAAGAGCGAUUUAUUGUACUCAAAGAUGGAACCUUGACUUAUUUUAAAUCUGAAAAUGAAACCAAUUUUGGUUUCAGAGGAGCUAUGUGUGUUAAUAAAUGCAAUGUUAAGCUACACGAAUUUGACGAAUGUCGAUUUGACGUUAGCCUUGGUGACAAUGUUUGGUAUUUAAGAGCUGAUACAGCUGAUGAAAGGAAUAGAUGGGUGGAAGCAAUAGAAGCUCAAAAGCAAACCGAUUCUGCUUAUGGAAGUGACAACAGUCUACGACGCCAUGGAUCAGCUCUUUCUCUUGGCUCGAUAAGUGUCACAUCAUUCAAACGAGGAAAAUGUUUGAAAGAAAAAAUGAGUGAAUUGGAGACUUUCCGAGAUAUACUCACUCGUCAGGUUGAUCUUUUACAAGGUUAUUUUGAUGCCUGUGCUAACAACCCUACAUCCAUUAUUGAUUCAAAUGAUGCUGCUAAAGAUGCCAAUUCUCCUAAAACGAAUGAAGCCUUGGAACCAUUAAAUUCAAACAAAACUGGAAACACCGAAAAUGAUGGUGAAAAAAAUGCAAACCAAGAAGUAGUACAGAUGUCUUUGGACUUCAAGGGUGAAACCUUCACAACUUUAUCUCUUACAAUUAAAGCAACCACAACAGGAAUCUUGGCAACUUUAUCACAUUGUAUGGAUUUGAUGCAACAAAGAGAAGAGAAUUGGAAGAAAAAAUGGGAAACAGAAGUUGAAAAAAGGAAAAGGCUUGAAGAAAUCGUUAAAAGUUUACAAGAAACGUCCAGUGAAGCUCAAAAGAUGAUGAUCUUGAAUGAUCCUGAUUAUGAAGAAGGCCCACAUUCCAAAAUAAAGGAAGAGGAAUUUUUCGACGCUGUUGAUGCCAUGUUAGAUCGUAAAGAUCAACAAGAGGAAGAGAAGAGACAGUUAAAAUUGAGAGUGAAAGAAAUUGGUGAACCAUCAUCAUCUUUACCAGAGGUCUGUGAUCAUCCUUUAUGGUUUGAAAUUGACAAAACAACAUUAGAACAACUGAAACAAGCGCGAUUAGAGGUGGGCGAAGGUGAUGGAGAAUCUGGUAGCUGGGAGCUUUUUGCCGCAGAAGGUGACAUGAGACUUUAUAAGAGAGAUCUGGUCGUUGACGGACUUGUUUGUGAUCCAUUAAAAGCUGUACAUACUGUUCGUGGUAUUACCGGUCAUGAAGUAUGUUACCACUUUUUCAGUCCUGACGUUCGAUGGGACUGGGAAAAUACUCUAGAAUCAAUGAAGGUUGUCGAAGAAAUUAAUCCAAACACUUUAGUAUUUCAUCAAAUUCACAAACGUGUUUGGCCUGCAGCUCAAAGAGAUGCAGUGUUUUGGUCACACAUUCGUAAACUUAAUCCAAGUCAACUUUCACCUUCACCAGCAUCAACAUUAUCAUCAUCUUCAUCUACAUCAUCAACCUUUACAUUACCCUCACCUUCAUCAAGUGAGAAAAGAGAUCCUGAUGACAUUUGGAUUGUAUGCAAUAAUUCAACAGAUCGAAGUGACAUUCCUCUCGGUAGAUGUGUCAGAAUGAAAAUGACAGUGAGCUUAACAUGUGAAACUUUCAUUGAAACACCCAAAGAAGGCCAGCAAAUUAAUAGAGAUAAUUUAGUCUGUAAAAUAAUUUAUUGUUCGACGAUUAACCCCGGAGGAUGGGCUCCAGCAUCAGUUUUACGAGCUCUUUAUAAACGUGAAUAUCCAAAAUUUUUGAAAAAUUUCACUCAAUACGUGAUUGAUGCCCGUAAAGAAAAGCCAAUAAUGUUUUAAAAUUUAAUUUAUUAAUGAAAAAUGUUGGUUUAAAAAAAGAUAUCUUUAAUAUUGCUAUUAAUCAAACCAUUCGAUAAUUUGUAAAUAUCUAAAAAAAAUCUUAUGCCAGCUUGAAUUUUGUUUAAAAUAACCUCAUUCUCUCUAAAAUUUUAAAUCUAUUUCUGUCAAAUUGUAGCUAUAAUAGUUCUUGACAUUACUUGAGGAAAGUUUAUCUUCAAACCAAGUUUAUUAUUUUAUUCAUUGUUCAAUCAAUUGGCCCGAGAAAUAAUUAAAAUGGAUAUUAUUUCGUUAUUUGGGCUAACUGGUUCUUUUGCAAAGCACUGUAUGAUAAAUGUAUUUGAAAUGCAUAUACAUAAAUGAGAAAUAUGAAACGUCCACAAA